CCGCCGCGGGGCAGCCCGCCCGGGCCAGCCCCGAGCCCCCCGGCAGGGCAGAGAGCGUUUCUGGGGCCGUGCAGGAAGGUUUCCCGCAGGGUUUCCGGAGCUGUCCGAUAUGUUGGCGUUACUCUGGAGUGACAUUCUUAAUUUCUAACUCUUAAAAAUGUUAGAUCACACAACUUUGGCCUAAAUCUACAGCUGACAGUUUCUCUCAAAGGCACUGCUCCUUCACUUGCUGUCUGUACUGACCCUGCUCCUGAAUCAGUUUUGUUCAGCUCCAGGAACACUUCUUCUGACAUUGUCAAUGGGAAUGCUAUUAAAUAAGCAUCUAAGGAGACUUCUGAUCUUGAAUCUUAACAAGAAAAUAACUUUUUAGCACCGUUUCAGUGAAAUCAUAACACUAUAAAACCCCCAGAAAUGAAAAGCUGAGUUAACCUGCAACUUACAUGAAUUUUUUGUGUUAAUACCUGAACCUUUUAAACAGUGCACAUAAUGCUUGCUUUUGAAGUGCUCUAAGGUUUGACUUACACUUAACUUCAGAAAGAUGACUGAACUAUUUCUGAGCUUUAAAAACACUGGUAGAAUAAACUCUGGUUUUGUGAGCACUUGGGGAGGCUGUGCUUGAUGGGCUCACACUGGGUGAGUUAUCUGGCUGAGUCCUGAGUGAUUCUGCCAUGCAACUUAUUUUCAUAGGCUGUUGGCAGGAUGCCUCUUGCUUGCCUCUCCAGUUGGUCAUGUCAGGAGACAGACUGAAGGCAUUCAGAGAGAACCACAGACCCACCAAGGCUGGAAAAGACCUUUAAGGUCAUCGAGUCCAGCCUGUGACCAACACCACCAAAGCAGGGAGUUCAGGCCAGCUCUUCAGGCACCAGAUUUAAAUCUCAAACUCCCAUAUUAAAACAGCAUCCCAAAAUGUUUUUUGGUGUCCCUGAAGAUGCCUCCAUCCUGUCAGUGAGGAACAGGGGGGAAGGUUUAGCUCCAUGCUUCCCUCUGAGGCAGGUGCAGCUGGCUCCUGGGCGUUCCCUCCAGGUUUCCCAUGCAGGUGGUGAAUAAACUGCCUUGCAGGAACUGAUUUCCAGCCCCCACGUGUCUUCCAGCAAGGCUGCAGCCUCUUCUGUGAUGCUGUUCCUUGAUUGACCUUGUAAAACACCCCUUGUGCUGCUUUUGCUUUUCUGUUUGCUGCAGACAGGACCUGGCAUCAGGAUGCCAGCGCUGCCCCUGGAUGAACUCCAGCUGACAGAAAGGGAUCCCAAGACAGGGAAGCUGAAAACAUUACCAGCACUGCACCCAGAAAUAAAAGCAGAUCGGUCUUUUGUGCUAUACAGACCGCCCCCCCCUGCCAGAGACCCUGCUUUGGUGGAGGAAUUCUUGGAGAGAGCAAAAUUCAUUGCAGAUGACCUCAACUGGCUUCUGGCUUUGCCUCAUGACAAAUUCUGGUGCCAGGUGAUAUUUGAUGAGACCCUUCAGAAGUGCCUGGAUUCCUACCUGUGUCAUGCCCCCCGCAAGUUCGACGCGUCCCUGGAUUGUCACCCUGAGGUGCAUGACAUGCAGAAGCGUCUCCACCGCAGUGUCUUCCUGACCUUCCUCAGAAUGUCCACUCACAAGGAGUCCAAGGAUCAUUUUAUCACUCCUUCUGUCUUUGGAGAAAUUAUUUAUAAUAACUUCCUGUUUGACAUCCCUAAGAUUCUGGAUCUCUGUGUGCUUUUUGGAAAAGGGAAUGGUCUCCUGCUCCAGAAGAUGAUUGAAAAUAUCUUCACUCAGCAACCAAGUUACUUCAGUGACCUGGAUGAAACUCUGCCCACUGUCCUCCAGGAGCUGAAGGACAUUGUGCUGUACUUAUGUGACACCUGCACAACACUCUGGGCAUUCCUUGAUGUCUUCCCAUUGGCUUGCCAGACCUUCCAAAAACAUGAGUUCUGCUACAGGUUAGCUUCGUUUUAUGAAUUGGCAAUUCCUGAGCUGGAAUCUGCAAUUAAGAAGAGGCAUUAUGAGGAUAACAGUGUUCUUGCUGAUUUGUGGAGGAGAAUUUCCCAUUCCAAGAAGAAGAUGAUAGAAGUUUUUCACAUCCUAAUAAACCAAGUCUGUCUGCAGCCCAUCCUAGAAAGCAGCUGUGAGAACAUUCAGCCUUUCAUUGAGGAGUUUCUACAGAUCUUCACUUCGGUGCUUCAGGAAAGAAGAUUUCUCCGUGACUAUGAUGAGCUGUUUCCUGUUGAGGAUGAUGUCAGUCUGCUGCAGCAGGCAUCCUCCACACUAGAUGAGACCAGGACAGCCUAUAUCCUCCAAGCAGUGGAAAGUGCAUGGGAAGGGGCAAACAGGAAAAAAACUCAAGUCUUUCAAGAUCCAGCACCGCCAGCAGCAUCUAAUGGAGCAUCAGCAAUAGUGGAGAGCAAUGCUGAGGAUGUGGAGGAGCUCAGGGCUGCAUAUGCAUCAGAGGAUGAGUGUGCCGGAGCUGCUGCUGCGCCCGUUGCCAAAGUGUCUGGGGUGGAGCUGGACUCUCUCAUCUCUCAAGUGAAGGACCUGCUGCCAGACCUUGGUGAGGGCUUCAUCCUGGCCUGCCUGGAAGAGUACAGCUACAAUGCUGAGCAGGUGAUCAAUGACAUUCUAGAAGACAAGCUGGAGUCAUCCUUGCGUCAGCUGGACCGAGGAAUGCGGAGACAGCUGAAACCAGACCCUACCCCUCUGGUCACUUCUCGCUACAAUGUUUUCCAGAAUGAUGAGUUUGAUGUUUUCAGCAGGGAUUCCGUGGAUGUUUCCCGGAUCCAGAAAGGCAAGCGGAGGGAGAAGGACACGACCAGGAGUCUGCUGAACGACAAGCGCCUGGUGGCAGAGCAGAAGGAGAGGUACCAGCAGUACAGCCUGGUGGUGGAGGAGACCCUCCUGCAGCCAGGGCAGGAGCAGCUCUAUGGGGACUAUGAGGAUGAGUAUGAUGACACUUAUGAUGGAAACCAAGUGGGGGCCAACGAUGCUGACUCAGAUGAUGAGCUGAUCAGCCGGAGGCCAUUCACAAUCCCUCAGGUCUUGAGACCUAAAGGGCAGGAGGAAGAGGAAGAGGAUGAAGAGGAGGAGGAGGAGGAGGAAGCUGAAAAGGAAAGAACCAAGGACCACUUUGUGCAGGACCCGGCUGUGCUGCGGGAAAGAGCCGAAGCCCGGAGACAGGCCCUGCUGGCGAGGAGGGGGCACAAGCACGACAGCUCGGCCGUCGUUGGGAACACCAAGGGCCACGGGCAGAACCGGGAGACGACGCAGGAGCGGAGGAAGAAGGAGGCAAACAAGGGCACACGAGCCAACCACAACCGCCGGGCCAUGGCCGAGCGCAAGCGCAGCAAGGGCAUGAUUCCCUCCUGAAGGACCCAGCCCAGGUGUUCCAUCGUCCCAGCCCUCUGCCGGGGCCGAGGCAGCAGUGCUCCCUUCCCUGGGGGCUCCCUUUGCUCCAGGGACUGGCUGUCGUGCUUCAACACCCAGCGCUUCGGCCCACGUGGAGUUGUGCAUCCCGUGGGAGGGCUGCCCGCUGGUGGGAAGGAGCUGCCCCCCCCCAGGCAGACCCCUGUCCCUUUAGCAGAGACCUGGGUGUGAUGGUGGGUUGCACCUCCAGGCAGGGGACAGGCUGCACCCACCAGGCCUUUCCUUUUUGUACUAUUUAUAAUUCUGAGAGCUUUAUUUUCAUACUGGCUCCUGGGGCCCUCUCCCCAUCUCGGGCAGAUUUCCAGGCCACACAGCAGGCAGCUGGGAGAGCAGAGCUUCCCUGGAACAGCCCUCACAGCUUCCUGCUCCACUGACAUGCCUUCUCCUGAAGUACAACUCCAAGGUUCAGAAGAAAACACUGAAGCUAUUCCCAUUGCCAACUGACAUACAGGAGUUCAGGUGGAUAAAACCUUCUCAUCAAUUUCUGUCCCUUGAGUGAGGCGUGUGACAACAACCUGCAAAUAAAUUAUUUCCAUCUUCUACUUCAA